UGAGGCUUGCGGCAGCGGGAACGCGGACGAGAAAGAACAAGGAAGCAACAUGUGCCACCGCUGCCGAGCACAAAAACUCCACGCGGCAGCAGCAGCGGCGACGGCAGCCCACGAGACGACACGUCGACUGGAUGUUCACACGGCGCAGAUCCUUUGAAUGACCCCAGCGUGCCUCUGACGUCACGCUCUUUUUUGUUUAUUUCUUUGAAGAGUAACGGCUCAAGUUUCGGGACUUCACAUCAUCUCUAUUGUCAGUCGCGACGAAGCAGCCUGGAGGCGCCAUGAAGAGAGAGGUGAAGGCCGGGGUCAACUUUUUCAAGCGGCUGGUCGUGGCGCGCGGCAAGCUGGACGAAGCCAAAGCGACGCUGUUCGCCGACAAGCUCCAGCAGCUCUUGUGCGACAAGUACGACGGCCACUGGUACCCGGACUGCCCCAGCAGGGGCCAGGCGUUCAGGUGCAUCCGAAUAAAUACUGCGGCACCCAAGGACGAGGUGCUCCUAAAAGCCUGCGAGGAGAGCGAGCUGACGCUCGGCGAUCUCUGCCUCCCCCCGGAGGUUACCGUGUGGAUCGACCCGCUGGAGGUGUGCGCCAGAUCGCGAGAGAAUAGCCCUCCGUUCUCGAUAGCCUGUUUCACGGAAGAAGAGGACGAGGACGGCGCCAAGAAAGGACGGGAGGAUUCCCCCGCGGCUCCGGCCAGCCACGACACCUCCGACUAUCACUCUGCCACGUCCUCCGAUUGCGGAUCGGCCGUGUCCAGCGACACAGAGGAGGAGGCAAAGGACGAAGAGGCGGACAAAAAGACGGGGGCCGCGGAGCAGCCGGCGCAGGCCGACACCUUCAAGAUCACGAUGGUGCCCAGGGUUCGGAAAUGCUGCGGGGUCGGAUCGGCGCAAUUGAAAUACGGCAGGCGCACGUGUGCAUCGGGCCAUCAGCCAUUUUACCAGCACGUCCCAGUCUGGUCCCACUGCAAGCACGGCUCGCCCAUCUUCCUCACCUCGACCGUCGGCCACCCGCCGCCGCUGCCGCGCCAUCGCCGUCAGAUGUACGUGCACUACUUCUUAGCGCAGGCGGCUCCCUUACUGCAGCCCCCGCCGCACUUCAUCGUCCCUCAGGCCGCUCUGCGCUCGUGGGAGUCCGGGAACGUUUAGAAAAGCCGGACGGCGCCCCCCUCAGCCGAACGUGAGCCGGUAGAAGAACUUGCCCACCGCUGCCCCGUUUCAAGUUAUUCCUUGCACAUUCUGUUCCAUUUUUUUUCUUAUCUAACGCUCUAAUCUGUGCUAUCCAAAUGAUUCUCGUCAGAAUUUUUGUUGGAUUUCGUGUUUAUUGCUAGCGCUUCAUUCCUAUCAAAUCUGCAGUCACCGGGUGCUCGUACGAGAUCAGGGAUCCUCAGCAAUAAGUGCACUUGAUGCCAGUUUUUUCAGACGAUAUUUUUCCACGUACUUCUGCAAAUGCUGCGACGUAGCGGUCCACUGUGCACAAUCGUUAAUGUUAGGAAGAUGUAAUUCAGGGUUUUAGCCGCUUGUAGUCUUGCAGUUUCACAAAUUUGGUACAGUCAAAUAUUGUUUUGUUUUUUCUUUAGACUGCUUGCCAAUCCCGAAUGUAACGACCAAUUUUCACGUUUUAAAUGCCUUUUUGUUAAUUGUAUUUAGUCGCGAUUGGGGAUAAUGUUAAUUGUAUAGUUUUUACCUACAGAGGUUGCUGUAUGUUGCUUUUUUUUAGAGUACUUGUUUGGUUUUCAAAAUGUUUAAUUUUUUUUCUCAGCCAUCUGUGAGAACUGCAGCAGUAUGUCGCUAAUAUCUACUUGAGAGUAUAAGCUUGUUUUUCGUUUGUUUUUUUUUUUUUUCUUAGUUUGAAGUUAUCCGUGUGGUGUACCUUCAUGUUGUUUCCAGACAGCGUAAAUUUGUAAUUUGACUGUAAAUUGAUAUUUUAGUUACAUAUUCAGGCUUGAAUUUGAAGUGUCUCACUGAUUCUUACCGACUGUGAUUAUUUAAUUUUCCAUUAAGAUAUUUUAUUUACUGUACUUGCAAUGCAACAGCAAGAUGUUUUUUUUUUUGUUUUACUCUUGUUGAUUUUAUUUUUAAAGGAUUAAAUUAUAUCUCUGUUUACAUUG